CCGCUUCCUCUCCUCCCUUUCCCCUCCCCCCUCCCACCGCCCCCCCGCCCGAAUAUUCCAAGCUCGCGUCUUGCGGCGGCGGCGGCGGCGAGCAGACGGAGCCCAGGCCGGAGGAGGCCCCGGACCCCGAUUCCUGCUCCCAAUCGUCUCGGCGAGAGAGGCAACGGAGCCACUAUGCCUGGAGCAGAUGAGACGUUUCCGGCAGAGUCGAGGGCGACGGUGUUCUUUGGGGCUGUGACAUCUAAAUCGGAGCCGCUGACCUUUGAAGAGUCCCUCAGAUUUGUCAAGAAAGUGAAGGCUCGCAACUACAUGCUGUACCUGUCGCUGUUCGACAUCCUGGGCAGGACAGAGCUGUCCCAGCUGGAGGCCUACCAAACACUGCAGCUGCUGUUCCGCGACCACCCGGACCUGCACGAAGGGCUGGAGAAGUUCAGGCCCCCGAUGCCCACGAAGCACGCCGCGGCGAACAGCAACCUCUGGCCGUGGGUGUUUGCGUGCGCCGCCGUCCCUCUGGUGGCGAUGAGCCUGAUCCCGGCGCUGGGGAACCCGGUGCUGUGGCUCGUCCAGCAGACGCUCGGCGAGAAGAUGAGGGCGGCGUGAUUCGAGUCCGAUUCCAUUCGGCUCCUGCAGUUGCGCCUUCGCUGGUCGCUUAGGUUUAUCAAUCCCGUCAGUCAAUCGGUUGAUCGAUCAAUAAUGUAAUUAGUUGACACAUGGUCGUGUGCGUUCGUGUGUGUGUGUGUGGGUGGUGUAUAUAUAGUUAGAGCAAGCAAAGCAACAUCAUCAUUCGAUGGGAUGGGAGGAAACCCAGGGUUUAUUGGGCUGCGCAGUAUCAGGUAGGCACUGGGAAGAAAGAAAUUUGGUCACAGACCUGCAGGUCAGGUCUUUGCAACACACAGUUAUGCUGUCCACUGCUGGAUCGAACUUGACUAGCUUAUUGCUUUUAUCUGCAUA